AUGGAUGGUAAGGGAGCCCAUUUAGCUUUUAAGUCACGCUGGCGCAAGACGGACGAGGAGCUCUGUCGACACAGCAUGUCUUUUAUCCUGCACAAGGCCAUACGAACAGAUUUCUUUCAGAGUUACCUCUACCUGCUGGAGCGGCUUCCCCUAGUGAAACUUUAUGCUUUAACGAGCGAAGUGAUCAACGGCGAGAUGCAGUUCUAUGCCAGAGCCAAACAUUUCUAUCGGGAGGUGCCAGCGACAGAAGAGGGCAUGAUGGGAGAUUACAUUGAGCUGUCCAGUACAGACAUUGAAUCCUCCAGGGAAUUUCUUAGGAAGUUUAUUGGGGGCCCUGGGAAAGCUGGCACUGAGUGUGCCCUCGACUGUGGUUCUGGGAUUGGACGGGUCACUAAGCAUGUCCUCUUGCCAGUUUUCAAGAGUGUGGAACUGGUGGAUAUGAUGGAGAAUUUCCUGGCUGAGGCCCAGAACUAUUUACAGGGCAAGAAGGACAGAGUAAAGAUGUACUAUUGCUACAGCCUCCAGGAAUUCACUCCAGCCCCCCAAAAAUAUGAUGUCAUCUGGAUACAGUGGGUUUCAGGAUACCUGACGGAUAAAGAUCUCCUGGAGUUUCUUAUCCGGUGUCAAAAUGGCUUGAAGGAUAAUGGCAUUGUCAUUCUCAAGGACAAUGUGGCCCGGGAAGGCUGUAUCAUGGACCCAUUGGACAGCAGCGUGAUCCGAGAUCUGAGCAUCCUCCAGAGCCUCGUUGAGAAAAGUGGACUCACCAUCCUGCAGCAGGAGAGGCAGGAGGGCUUCCCUGAGCAGUGUGUCCCCGUCUGGAUGUUGGCCAUGCAAAAGGACCCUGGCCUACCCUGA